GGCGCCAAGGAGCAGCGCCGCGGUUGCCUGGGAGGAGCCGCUGUGUACAGAGCUGUGCSCGGGCCCCGGGGAGCUCUGUUCCCUGCAUCCCGCGAAGUGUGCCCGUGGGGCCGGCCUGGGCGUGGGCGUGGGCGCGGCACCCCGGGCAGGGCGCUGUCRGGGCCGGAGGGGCUCCGGGCAGGAGCCGCUCCCGAGCGAGCAGGUGCAGGCGGUGCGGAGGGCUGGCUCGGGCUGAGCGGGACGCGCGAAGCCACCGGCAUGGGCAGUCCUGGCACGAAGGGGUCGUGGCUCUCGCAGCCCACCGUGAAGAGCGUGCUGGUGUAUCGCAACGGGGACCCUUUCUUCCCGGGGCGCCGCAUUGUCAUCCAUGAGAAGAAAGUGUCCAACUUUGAUGUGUUCCUGAAAGAGGUGACGGGCGGGGUGCAGGCACCCUUUGGAGCUGUGCGAAACAUCUAUACUCCCCGGGGUGGGCACCGUGUGCGGCAGCUGGAGGAGCUCCAGAGUGGAGAGCAGUACGUGGCUGGUGGCAGGGAGGCCUUCAAGAAACUCAACUAUUUGGACAUCGGAGAAGCAAAGAAAAAGCCUGCUGAAAUCAAUAAUGAGGUCAAGCCAGUCACUCACAGUAGGAUCACUGUGUCAGCACGRUUUCGAAAGCCGCUCCAGGAGCCCUACACUAUUUUCCUGAUUGCUAAUGGAGACCUUAUUAGCCCUGCAGUGCGCCUCCUCAUUCCCAGGAAAACACUGAAUCACUGGGAUCAUAUUCUUGAAAUGGUCACAGAAAAAGUUACUCUCAGAAGUGGAGCUGUUCACAGACUUUACACUGUAGGUGGAAAACUUGUUCAGGAUGGGUCAGACUUGGAGAAUGGGGAAAUUUAUGUUGCAGCGGGUAGAGAAAAGUUUAAGAAGUUGCCAUAUGGUGAUCUGCUGUCCAAAUCUACCACAAGAAGGCCGCGGGGUUCCAAAACCUCUGUAUUGCCUCCGAUUGUGGGAUCUCGAAAGUCUAAAGGCAGUGGAAAUGAUCGGCAAUCUAAAUCUACCAUUGAAUCCAGUGACCCAGGAGAAAAUAGUUCCUCAACCCAGCUUCCCAAAAGGAAAGACAAAAAAAGCCAGAAUCCAGAGAAUUCUGUGUCCAGACAACACUUUUCUGUCAAUUCUACAAAAGUAAAGCAGACAGUAAAAGCUUCCACAGGAAUCCUUCAAGAAAAUGGUGAAGAUAUUUACAAAGCCAGAGAGGAGGGGUCUGAAAUGUGGGGGGCAGUUGAAGUGCAAGAAGAUGAAGAUACUCUCGUGGAAGUUCCACUGGACCAGAGACCAGCAGAAACUGUAGAUGAAGAAGAAAAUGUAGAAGAGGAAAAUGACAGGGGAGAGGAGGCAUAUAAAGGAGAGGAAGAAUAUCCAGAAGUGAAUGGAGAGGAAAGUGGGGAAACUGUUAAAGAAAGAAGUGAAGUGGAAGAAAACAAAAAGAAAUUAAAUGAAAAUUAUGAAGAUGAAGCAGGAGAAACACAGAAGGUUGACCMAGCAGAGGAAGAGGAACUUAUCCAUUUAAAUGGCAAGAACAGUGUAGAAAAUGAUGCGGGAAUGGAGCAUUUGAACUACCAAGGUGAUCUUCAGCCUGAAGAAGAAACAAAAGAGGAUUCUGGGAGUCAGAACCAGGUUGAUCCCCGUCUUGAAAAAACAUCCACAAAUCCAAGGGUGAUGACUACCAGCCCACAGGAAAGUGAAAAGAAUGACCAGAGCAAUGAGUAUGCAGCAGUAGCAUAGACAGGAAAAAUGUCAUGAGCAGAAAAUUAAAGAGGAUAACGCUUUAAAUAUAAACCAUGUUAUUUUUUGUAAUUGGUAACUUCUAUUAGGAAGGCAAGUGAUGUACCCACGUAAUGAGUUGUGAGAUGAUGAUGCUCUAUGGACUGAUGAAAAAUAGGCAUUUAUAUCCACUAGAAGAUACACUUCUAGUGGAUAUGAUACUAGAAGAACACUGAAUUAUUUUUACACGGUGAGAUUUUCUGAUAGGAUUUGAGGRGGGAAAUACAAGAGUAUAGUAGUAUUAGAAAUUAUGAGCUAUUCUGUGGUAUGAGAUGGUUAACAGUAACAGAAUAACCACACAAAUUACACUGUUCCAGGGAAAGGAAAAAAGACCCACCUGAAUUCAGUGUCAAAACUUCUUUGUAGGUUUGUUCAGAAAAAGAAACACUUUUUUGCCUUUUAAUUAGGACAUGUGUAGGUUUUCCUCUAAAAUUCCACAUAAUAUGUAUGAUUUUCAGGCAUAGCAUCAAGAUAUAACUAAAAUAUGUUCCUCCCUUAAUGGACUUAUGCCCACAGAAAAUGGUUUACUAUAAUGAGUUGCCAGUUCUAACGUUACUAAAUAGUGGAUUUUCAGUAUGUUAAUUAGAAUUAUUAGGUUUUGCCUGCAUAAAUAGCACUUAUUUAGCACUAUGAAUGCAUGUGGAYGGCCUACAAUGCUGCAGUUAGUUUCCAUUUAAAACAUGAAGUUUUGUUGMUUGUCCUGCACUGAUUAACUAAGCAGUGAAUUAUUGUCAUAAUUUUUGUCAGUGAACAAAAAAUGAAGAAAGGGUUUGUAGUAGAGUAGUUAAAAAAGUUGAAUUUGAGUGAAUUUCUUGUUCAGUCUAAGUAAAACCUAAUUUAUUAAUGAACUAAAAAAAAAUGAACAUGCCUGGAUUCAGACCRAAAUUUCCAUGAAACCAUUGCUGUYGAURGACCCCUUUUUWGCAUAUGUGAUAUAUCAGGAUGAGCCCACCAUUUUUUUUCUGUAAAAGUCAGAACAAUUACUGCAAUUAUGAUCCUUUUGCAUAGCCUUAAUGGUUGGAAGUGUGUCAUCAUCCUUUUGAGCAAGCUGUCUCCUGAUAGGCUGYGGCUUAAUAUGCAUUAGUAAAUAAGGCAUUGAUCCACAGUAUUAGUUCUCUUCAUGACACUGAUUCCACUGCUCUUAUCAUUACUCUGUUAGUAAUUGGAAUAAUUUGUAGCUCAUAGAAAUACAGCCAUGAGCAUAAUUUUAUUAAUUAUACAAAAGAAAURGUGGGUUUUCUUAUCAUUAAUGCUAGUAAAUUAUUACUAUGAGAAACUAAAUGUCAUUUUUGUUGAUUUCAUGCCAUUAAGACAAGAAUUAUGUUUAUGAACAAAUUGAACUUGAAGCACUGUUUAAGGAAUGUGAAGAACUACUUGUCAUGACUGAAAUUCAAACAAACAUCUUCCCUUCCAAUGGAGUAGAAAUAUGUGAUUUUUCAGCAUGUUUCUGUGUAUUGGCAAUACAAGUGUAAAAGAUAUGUUAAAAACCAUAUGAACAGGGUUAAAACAGUUUGCCCUGUGGCCUCUCUGAAUUGUCUAUGAAACCUGUAGCUUCUGUUGAGCUGCCUGACAAAGAUCGAAGGGAAUAUUGCAUUCAUGAUCAGUUAAAAAUAAGUUCCUAAUUUAGCCAAGCUCUUAAGCAAAAUAUKUAUGUUUCCUUUUCUUUGUGACAGCAAUUAAGCCUAUGCUCAAAUAUAUUUGAUUUCUCUGGGAUUUAAAAAGACACUUAUAGUGAUGCAGAAGUAAAAACCAACAACCUCUCCCCCACUAAAAAAAAAAAUCAGAAAAAAAAAAUAGCCCAAACCAGAAUGAAUAAAAUAACUGUGGAUGAUAGUGAGGUAAAAUGACMGGUGCCUUUUUAGUUUGGUUUCACAAAAGAUGAAGUUUUCUAUUUAUAGCUUCUGUCUGCCAGCAGUCUCUGUCAUUUCUUCCCUUUCCCCAAAAGUUUGUUUUUUCCGUGCUUAAAAGACUUACAGACAUYAAUAGGAAUAAUUUAAAAGAUUAAACUAAAUUCUAGGGAAAGGUAAUGUUAUAAUUUUCCUUCAUAGGAACAUGAAGUCCCUAGGAGUAUUAUUCAGCUUUGAAAAUGUUUUCCCCUCUGUUUUCUUGUAAGAAAGACAGGAUACAUUUCUUCAGAAAAGCAAAUCAGACUUUUUGGAAAUAGAGAUAUAACCAUUUUGUCAUUCACAUUUCAACACUUACAACAUGAUUUUUUUUUUUUUUUAAUCAGGUUCUUUUAUUUAGGGAAACUAGUUUAUGCCUACCAAAUAAUUCUAAUAUUAAAGUAGAAAUUAAAAAAGAAUUAUACAGGUGGUCUUACUAAUAAUUUUUCUGUCUUGAUCUUCUAUGUGUGAUGGCUUCACUMAGUUUUACUUGAGAAAUACAUUCUUUUGUAAAGUUUAUGUAGUGUUAUUUUAUUAAACUUAUGUAUGGCAA